AUUAUUUGUUCCGGAUUUUGCUGGAAGAGGAAAACCCAGGAAGGAGACUACGAAGAAAGGCAGGGGGAGGGGAGGAAGCAGGAGAGAAAUUUGUGGACAGAAAAGCCAAGUAAAGAAGGGAUUUCUUAAAGAGAAGAAGAGAGGGAAGGAUACAUUUUGGUUGCCAGUCUCGUCCCCACUUCAGCCGUUUGAAAUGCUUGGAAAUGGUUGCAGAGGCCCUAAGGAUGCCACCAACACCUUCCUCUCUUCCUUCUGAUGGAGUGGAACCAAAUCAGGGUCCAGUGGCCUUUGAGGAGGUGGCCGUGUCCUUCACCCAGGAGGAGUGGGCGCUGCUGGAUCUUGACCAAAGAGCCCUGUACCAGGAAGUCAUGGAGGAGAACUGGCGAACGGUCUCCUUUCUCGGGGUUGAAAGGAUGCCAUCAACAACGAUUCAUUCAUUUCUUCCUUCUGAUGGAGCAGAACCAGAUCAGGAUCCAGUGGCCUUUGAGGAGGUGGCCAUCUACUUCUCCCAGGAGGAGUGGACGCUGCUGGAUCCUGACCAGAAGGCCCUCCACCAGGAAGUCAUGGAGGAGAACUGGCAAACUCUAUCCUCUCUCGAUCUGUUUGUCUCUUCAAUUCAGUCUUUUCUGCAUUCGCCUUUCUUCCCAGAAGAUAGCUGGAGAAAGAAAAAUGCAUGCCCCAAAUGGGGAAAGAAUUUUACGCACAAGUUACAGUUUGCCAGACACCAGAGAGCCCACACAAAGGAAGAAAGCUUUACCCGAGAGGAGCCCUACAAAUGCAUUGUGUGUGGAAAACACUUUUCCACGAAGAUAGCACUGAUGCUUCACAAAAGGAUCCAUAAUGGGAAAAAACACUUUAUAAUUGAAGAAUCUUGGGAACAUUGUGACAAAUUGAAGUCACAAUUUGUGAGGCAUCAAGGAGUCCAUACAGGAGGGAAACCAUACACAUGCCAUGACUGUGGAAAAUCUUUUGCUUGGAACUCAAGUCUCCUUAUCCAUCAGAGAGUUCACACUGGAGAAAAACCAUACAAAUGCCAAGAAUGUGGGAAAUGUUUUUCUCAGAAUUCACACCUUGUGACCCACCAGAAACUCCAUACAGGAGAAAAAGCAUUUAAGUGCCAAGAAUGUGGGAAGUAUUUUGCUCAUAAUUCACAGCUUCUCAAACAUAAAAGAAUCCACACAGGACAGAAACCAUAUGGAUGCCAGAACUGUGGUAAAAGCUUUCCUUACAAAUCACGCCUUCUAGUCCAUCAAAGAGUCCACACUGGGGAGAAACCAUACAAAUGUCAGGAGUGUGGGAAAUGUUUUGCUUGCAACUCACAUCUUGUGACUCAUCAGAAAAUCCAUACAGGGGAAAAACCAUACAGAUGCCAGGAGUGUGGGAAAUGUUUCUCUCAAAAUUCACACCUUGUGAUUCAUCAGAUAGUUCACACAGGACUGAAAACAUAUAAAUGCCAAGAAUGUGGGAAGUGGUUUGGUCGCAAAUCAGAGCUUUUGACUCAUCAGAGAACCCAUACAGGAGAGAAGCCGUAUAAAUGUCAUGAGUGUGAAAAAUGUUUUACUCAGUUUUCAAGUCUUCUGAAGCAUCGCAGUUUGCAUGCAGAAGAGAAAGCAUACAAAUGUCAGGAUUGUGGGAAAUGUUUUGCUCAGAAUUCAGUGCUUCUGAAGCAUGAGAAAGUGCACACAAGAGAAAAACCGUACAAAUGCCAGGAAUGUGAGAAAUGUUUUGCUAAUAGCUCACAGUUCAUGAAGCACAUGAGAGUCCACACAAGAGGGAAACUAUACAAAUGCCAGGAGUAUGGGAAAUGUUUUGCCCAAAGUUCAUUUCUUGGAAAGCGUAAGAGGGUCCACAAAGGAGAGAAACCAUACAAAUGCCAGGAGUGUGGGAAAAUUUUUGCCCAAAGUUCACUGCUUGUGAAACAUAAGAGAGUCCACACAGGAGAGAAACCGUACACAUGCCAAGACUGUGGAAAAUGUUUUGCUCAAAGUUCACUCCUUGUGAAGCAUAAGAGAGUCCAUACAGGAGAGAAACCGUACAAAUGCCCGGAGUGUGGGAAGUGUUUUGCUCACAGCUCACAGCUUGUGAGUCAUAAGAGAGUCCAUACAGGAGAGAGACCAUAUCAGUGUCAGGAGUGUGGGAAAUAUUUUGCUCACAGCUCGCAGCUUGUGACUCAUAAGCGAGUCCACACUGGAGAGAAACCGUACAAAUGCCAAGAGUGUGGGAAAUGUUUUGCUCAAAAUUCACCACUUGUGAUUCAUAAAAGAGUCCACACAGGAGAGAAACCGUACAAAUGUCAAGACUGUGGGAAAUGUUUUGCUCGAAAUUCACAGCUUGUGAAUCAUACAAGAGUCCACACAGGGGAAAAACCAUACAAAUGCCAGGUGUGUGCAUCAUGUUUUGCUCAAUAUUCACAGCUUGUGAGUCAUAAUAGGGUCCACACAGGAGAAAAACCAUACAAAUGCCAAGAGUGUGGGAUAUGUUUUGCUCAGAAUUCACAACUUGUGAGUCAUAAUAGGAUACACACAGGACUGAAUAUAUACAAAUGCCAGCAGUGUGGAAUUUCUUUUGCCCAAAGGUCACUAUUUCUGAAGCAUAAGAAAGUCCACACAGGAGAGAAACCAUACAAAUGCCAGUACUGUGGAAAAUGUUUUGCCCACAGUUCAUGGCUUGUCAGGCAUAAAAGGGUCCACACAGGAGAAAAACCAUACAAAUGUCAUGUAUGUGGAAAAUCUUUUGCUCAGAAUUCAGAACUUGUUAAUCAUAAGAUAGUCCACACAGGAGAGGAACCAUAUAAAUGUCAGGAGUGUGGAAAAUGUUUUGCUUACCGUUCACUGCUUGUGAAACAUAAGAGGAUCCACACAGGGGAGAAACCAUACAAAUGUGAGGAGUGUGGGAAAUGUUUUGCCCACAUUAGCAGUCUUGUGAGCCACAAGAGGAUCCACACAGGAGAGGAACUGUACAAAUGCCACGAGUGCAAGAAAUGUUUUGCCUACAGUUCAUGGCUUUUGAGGCAUAAAAGGGUCCACACCGGUGAGAAACCAUACACAUGUCAGGAGUGUGGUAAAUGUUUUGCUCAGAAUUCUCACCUUCUGAGUCAUAAGAAAGUACAUGCAGGAGUGAAACUGUACAAAUGUCAGGAGUGUGGGAAAUGUUUUGCCCACAGUUCACUGCUUGUGAAACAUAAGAGAAUCCACACAGGAGAUAAAUCAUACAAAUGCCAGGAGUGUGAGAAAUGUUUUGCCCACAGUUCACUGCUUGUGAAACAUAAGAGAAUCCACACAGGAGAGAAACCAUUCAAAUGCCAGGAGUGUGGAAAAUGUUUUCUUCACACUUCACUACUGAGGACACAUAAGAGAGUCCACACAGGAGAGAAGCCGUACAAAUGCCAGGAGUGUGCAAAAUGUUUUGCUCAGAAUUCGAACCUACUGAGUCAUAAGAGGGUCCACACAGGAGAGAAACCGUACAAAUGCCAGGAAUGUGGAAAAUACUUUGCUCAGAAUUCAGUGCUUCUGAGUCAUAAGAGAUUCCACACAGGGGAGAAACCAUACAAAUGCCACGAAUGUGGGAAAUCUUUUGCUCAGAAUUCACAGCUUAUAAGUCAUAAGAGAAUCCACACAGGAGAGAAACCAUACAAAUGCCAAGAGUGUAGAAAAUGUUUUGCUCACAGUUCACAGUUUGUGAAGCAUAAGAGAGUCCACACAGGAGAACAACCAUACCGAUGCCAGGAAUGUGGGAAAUGUUUUGCUCACAGUUCACAGUUCGUGAAGCAUAAGAGAGUCCACACAGGAGAGAAACCAUACACAUGCCAGGAGUGUGGGAAAUGUUUUGCUCACAGUUCACAGUUCGUGAAGCAUAAGAGAGUCCACACAGGAGAGAAACCAUACAAAUGCCAGGAGUGUGGAAAAUGUUUUGCUCAGAAUUCAGUGCUUGUAAGUCAUAAGAGAGUACACACAGGAGAAAAACCGUACCAGUGUGAAGAGUGUGGAAAUUGUUUUGCUCAGAAUUCACAGCUCGUGAGCCAUAAGAGAGUCCACACAAGAGAGAAACCUUAUAAAUGCCAGGAGUGUGGGAAAUGUUUUGCUCACAGUUCAAAGCUUUUGAGUCAUAAAAGAGUCCAUACAGGAGAGAAACCAUACAAAUGUCAGAUUUGUGGGAAAUGUUUUGCACAGAAUUCGGUGCUUGUGAGCCAUAAGAGAGUCCACACAGGGGAGAAACCAUACAAAUGCCAGGAGUGUGGAAAAUGUUUUGCUCAGUUUUCAUCUCUUGUGAACCACAAGAAAGUCCACACAGGAGAAAAACCAUACAAAUGCCAGGAGUGUGGGAAAUGUUUUGCCCGGAGCUCACAGCUUGUGAGUCAUAAGAGAGUCCACACAGGAGAGAAACCAUACAAGUGCCAAGAGUGUGGAAAAUGUUUUGCUCACAGCUCACACCUUGUGAAACAUAAGAGAGUGCACACUGGAGAGAAGCCGUACAAGUGUCGGGAGUGUGGGAAGUGUUUUGCUCAGAAUUCACAUCUUGUGGGCCAUCAAAGAAUCCACACAGGGAAAAAAAACCUUAAAAUCUUUGUAACAAAAAACACAUUCAGUUAAUGGUUAGGAUUCCACAUGUUGUGAAGCAGCAACCAUUCACCGUAAAUGGUGACCCAUGCUAAUGACAAAAGUAAACAAAAUAAAUGCUUUGUUUGCUUUUGAGGGACUCCUGGGAGUUCUGUCAAGAAAUAAUUCAUAAGAGGAUGUUCUGGCCUUCUUAGACUGAAUAAGAUGGGUAGGGGGGCACUGUAGAAUUUUGUGGGAAGGCACCAGAGCUGUACCUACUAAUAUUGGUGACCAUCACUCCUCAUGGCAUCAGUAUACACAGGGAGAGGAUGGAGGAAUUGGGAGGAAGGCCUGUUUCUGAGCAUACAGUGACCCUUUGGGUUCUGCACUGAGUCUGCUAUAUUGUAUUGUGCCUGAGGAGAAGACGCUGGACGGUAUCAUAAAAUAGUGAAGUUGGAAGGGGUCUAUGAUGCCACCAAGUCUAAUCCAUUAUUCGGGUGGGUAAAUUCACACCUUUGCAGCAGCAAAUACCAAAAGGCAGACUGAAACCCCUCAAACAUCAUCCUGGGUCAAAGCCCCAGUCACCCCGCCUUAGCUUCUUUCUGUAUUGCACCUUCCAAGCCCUGACCUUGAGCCAAGAUAGAGAAUAGGAAGAGUUGUGUUAGCAUCAAAUCCUUCCUUUUUUCAGCCACUUUGAAUAUACAAUGCUAUUUUUAUUGACCAGGGCAUCUUGUGCAUCCUCCUUGUGGUACAGAAGCUCCUACAUCAGGGCAGGGAAGUGAAACAUGUGGUACCAGCCAUGGUGCUAUGAUCUAAAUUAAGAUCUCAGUGCUCGAGUUAUAUCUGAAUGCAUGUUUUAUACUCGCUAGCUUUGUCUAGAUAUUUUAUAAACCUAUAUGGUUAAUUCUAUUGUUGUUGAUAUUUUCUUUUUCAGUAUUAACUGCACCAUUGUUUUUAAUUCUACUCUCCUUUUGAAUAAUAAUGACAAAAAUGGUGAAAUGCAUUUUGACCAAAAACUGGGCUUUGGAAAGUAUGCCUUCUGGCAUCUGUCUGGAUUGUCUGAUGAGACAUUUCAGGUCUGAUUUAUGUAUUCUGGCAUUAUAUUUCCAGGAAAUGUAAUCCACUACUUACUUUCCCUGGAUUUUCAUAUAAAGUCCCUAAGAGUUGUUUUAAGAAAUAAUGCACAUGGAGCGGACUGGUUUUUCUCGGUCACCACCU